AUGAAAUCAGUUGUUAUUGAAGAUGAUAAUGAAGAGAGUAGCAAUAUAUAACCGGGAUUCAUUACUCUUAAAAUUAGAGUUUAAACUGAGAUUUAUACAAAUAUUACAGAUAUUAAAAUUGAUCCUUAAAUACCUUUUGAUAUAUUUUGUAAUAAAGUAAAAGAAAAUAUAUUUUCAUAAAUUUUUGAAAGUAUUCAUUUACAAUAAUUAUUAGAGUAGUUUUUAGAUAGUAUUAAAUUUUUGAAAAAAAAUCAAGAAAUAUCAAAACAUGAAAAGAGAAAUUUAGAACAAUUAGGUUUUUAAAAUAAUGAUAUUUUGGAUGUUAGAUUAUAAUUAAAGGGUGGUAGGAUUAAUUGA